AUGGCGUCGUCCAACAACGUCGUGGCCACCGAGGUGAGCAACGCCGUCACCAAGCUCAACGACCACCUCGGCACCGCCCUCACCGGCAGCGGCAGUGAGAACACCACCAUCAUCACGCUGGCGGGGGAGAACAGCGGCGCCAACUUGGAGGCGGCUGCAUCGGCCGGCGACGUGGAGGACCUCGUCGUCGUCGGCAGCGCGGACGCGGAGGAGCAUGACGAAGAAGAGGAGGGGGAGGAGAACGUGGUCAUCACCGCCUACGCCAACAGCAACUACCAGGCCGUCAACAACUCGGUGCUCGUCGCCAACGACCCCGGCGUGCACGUCGUCGUGGUGGAGCACGUCGACGAGAUUCGCGACUACGACGAGGACAUCGACGGGCAGGAGUUCUGA